GCCCAGCCCUCCCCUCAGCCAACGUCGCUUUCGGGCGAGGGUACUUUCGGGCAACCUUUCCAAAGAGGUGAAAGCAGUUUGGCUGUAGGGCUGAGCAGGGGGUAGCCGCCGUGGUCGGGUUUUUCGUCAGGCAUUUGCUUAGACAGCCCGAAGGCUUGGCGCGCGCGCGCGCGCGGUGGUCUUGCGGCGCGCGGGGCCGGGGGCUUUCCUGAGGCGAGCGAAGGAAGGAGGGCGAUGGCGCAGGACAGCGGGGCCGAGGCGGCGGUGGCGGAGGGGGAGCUGUGGGGCGGGCGAGGCUCCGGCGACGAGGCCGAGGAGAGCGAAGGCGGCGAGGAGGAGCUGGAGUCGGAGGAGUCCUCCGCGGAGGACGAGGAGAAGGAGAACGAGGCCGAGAUCCAGCGUCUGGAGGAGCAGCUGUCGAUCAACGCCUUUGACUACAAUUGCCACCUGGAUCUCAUCAAACUGUUGCACCAGGAGGGCGAACUGGUCAAGCUCCGAAGAGCCCGCCAGAAGAUGAGCGAACUCUUUCCUCUCACCGAAGGUAGGCCAGGGCUGGGGCGCUUCUUCCCCAAAUAGCCCUCCCUCCCCGAAAAACCAGGUCCAGAGCAGGGUUGCCAAGAAGCCUCGGAGAUAAUUCCCAGAAAUGUUUGUCCCAAACCCGCUGAAUCCCCUCAGAUCCCACGGAAUAUUCAGUCACAAUUCCCGGAAAAUUCCCAUAAUGUUAAAAUGGCAGAUAUUU